AUGUCAGAGAUUCAAUCUUUAGACGAUACGGACGAGCAAGAGUUUCCACCUCCAGUUGCAUGGAAUGACAAACCAGCUAUCAAACAGAUAACAGUACGGGCUACUUUUGUGGGUCUGAUUAUUGGUUCACUCGUGUUGAUUUCAAAUUUUCAAUUUGGUUUGCAAACGGGAUGGGUAUCAAUGAUGUCGAUGCCGUCAGCUUUAUUGGCAUGCGCAUUCUUCAAAAAGAUUUGGCCAGCGAUACGCCCCAAUGAUGGUCCGUUUACUGAUGUUGAGACGGUUUACGUCCAAAGUAUGGCUGUAGCCGUUGGGACAGGUCCCUUAGCAUACGGAUUCGUUGGUGUCAUUCCUGCCAUCGAAAAGUUCCUCACCAAAGAGGAGAGCGGGUUUACUAGAGAGCAAGGACAACUGUUCAGCUUCAAUCAACUACUGGCUUGGUCAUGCGCAUUAGCGUUUUUCGGUGUCUUCUUUGCAGUUCCUCUGAGAAAGCAAGUCGUUGUGAGAGAAAAGUUACCUUUCCCUAGUGGAAGUGCUACCGCUGUGCUGAUAGCUGUGCUCAAUGACUCCGAAAUUUUACAAGAAGUCUCACGUCGUGAGAUACUAGAAAUGAGAACCCGCAGACUAGAUGAAUGCUCUGAAGUCUUGAUGCCUGAUAGUGUACCCUCUUCAGAAGGCUAUUCAUCUUUCGACCCUGAGCAUACUCUUCCUGAGUCAAACACCUACAAUGAAAACAUAAACGUACUAUCUUUGACUUUUUUUGCCUCGUCAAUCUAUACCAUCGGUUGCUAUUUUCUACCUAUACUUAGGUCGAUUCCACUUUUUGGAACAUACCUUUCGAAAACUUACCUAUGGAAUUUUCAACCUUCCCCAGCGUACAUUGGUCAGGGUAUUAUAAUGGGUCUCUCCACAGUUUCUUACAUGCUUUUCGGCUGCGUCUUGGGGUGGGCCAUCCUGGCACCAAUGGCCCGUCACGCUGGUUGGGUCCCAUCCGAUGCAGGCGUCGAUGAUUGGGAAAGAGGUGUACACGGCUGGAUUCUUUGGUGCUCAUUGUCCAUCAUGGUCGUUGAUAGCGUGGUAGGGUUCAUAGUUGUUACUGUUAAAUCCAUAGUAAAAUUUUGGCUCAUAGAUGACAAGGCUGGUUUGUUGGCUGAUGUAUGGGAAGAUUCAUUCGAGUCCAUGUUGUUGGAAGAAGAAAGAAUGAUUAACAGCAGGCGAAAUACGGAAACCAGUAAAUCCCACAACACUGUGAAGUUGGUUUACAAUGACCAAGAUCAUGAAGUAGCCCCUGAACAUCUUGUUCAAUACACCACCGUUAUUAGCGGACUAAUAUUUUCCUCCAUCAUGUGUGUCAUACUGAUCAUCUACUUGUUCGGGAUUGAUGUUAUCCCAAUAUACGCAAUGAUCUCUGCACUUAUUAUUGCACUCUUUCUUUCUAUCCUUGGUAUUAGGGCUUUAGGUGAGACUGAUUUGAAUCCUGUCAGCGGUAUAGGUAAAUUAUCGCAGCUGAUAUUCGCUGUGAUUGCUCCUCGUAAUCAACCCGGUUCUGUGCUGCUAAACCUUGUGGCCGGUGGAGUUGCCGAGGCUGGCGCUCAGCAGGCUGGAGAUUUGAUGCAGGACCUGAAAACUGGUCACUUGCUGGGGGCAUCACCAAGAGCGCAAUUCGUUGCCCAACUCCUGGGUGCAUCAUGGUCCGUGAUUAUGUCCAGCAUCAUGUAUAUGUGUUACAACAAGGUUUACCACAUACCAGACAAACAAUUUAGAAUCCCAACGGCUAUCGUCUGGAUCGAUUGUGCUAGACUUGUCACUGGGAAGGGACUACCUGAGAAGGCUUUUGAGUGCGCCAUCAUACUGGGAUUCGUGUUCGGAGUCCUUUCUCUAAUCAAAAACUGCUACCGUGAUAGCGAUUACAAAUGGCUGCGUUACAUACCGUCUGGUGUGGCCGUUGGAGUUGGUAUUUACAACACCCCCAGCUUCACUAUCGCCAGGUUCAUUGGGGGUCUGGCGUCCUCCAUAUGGUUGCACAAGCACAGAGGCGAUUUGGGCGCCAAAACCAAGAUGAUUGUUUUCAGUUCCGGUUUAAUCUUGGGUGAAGGUGUUUGUAGCAUUUUCGAUAUGCUUUUCACAAACCUCAAUGUUCCUCAUUUCUGA